AUGAACCUAAAUGAAAAAGAACUUGAAUUUGGUGAACAUAGCCUUUCUGUGCGCGUUUCAUUCGAUAAUCCUAACACUGCAGCUGUCGCCCUGCGUUCACUUUCAGUGGAUCCACCUCCUCCAAGAUCUACAGUGAAGGAACAGUUAAAGCAAGAUGGCUCUAGUCUCAUUUGCACAUUUACUGCUCCCAUUACUCCUAGUGAUAGAAAUAAACAGUUACGAAAGUUACGUAUUGCUGUUAACAGCUGGCUUGAUUUAGUCACGCUGGUUUCUGAAACAAUCAGUGCAUUCAAAACUGGCGAUGAUAAUUUUUCAUCCUUACGUGCUAUUAAUGGCUUUUGA